AUGGACAAGAAGAGGCACCUAAAAGGCUUCAUUUGCAUUGCAGCAGCAGUGAUUUUCAUCUUUUUCUAUCUCAAUUCCAAGAAAGUGGUUAGGAACAUUCCUUAUCAACCAGCAUCAGCAGAGCCACGUUGGGAGGAUCCAGGACCAUAUCAUGUGGCCUACCCACGAAACUACAAAUUCAUCAUGGAUGACACGCCUACAUGUAGGGCCACAACUCCUUUCCUUAUUCUGAUGGUUCCUGUUGCACCCGGUAAUAUGGGAACUCGGAAUGUCAUCCGACAGACGUGGGGAAAUGAGAAGCUGGUUCUGGGUCAGCGGGUAGAGACUGUCUUCAUAGUGGGCCUCCCUGGUGGAAGUGAUGCUAAACAUCAGCAAGAGAAGCUUCAGCAGGAGAAUCAGCAAUACCAUGACCUGAUUCAGAGCAACUUUCAGGACAGCUACUAUAAUCUGACUAUCAAGACUAUGGUCAUGCUGGAGUGGCUGGCUGCACACUGUACUAAGGCUUCCUUUGUCAUGAAGAUCGACUCCGAUGUUAUACUCAAUGUCCCGAAUCUGGUGAAACUGUUGCUGGAUCCUAGCACAGCUAAACAAAACUAUAUGACUGGGCUGGUUUGGUGGCAUAGUCCUGUUUUAAGGAACCAAUUUAUGAAGUUCUACAUGCCUCAAUCUGUGAUUGCUGAAUCAGAGUACCCCCCGUAUCCGCUCGGCUUUGCCUACGUCAUGUCACUAGACCUUCCUGGGAAGAUCUUGGGAGUGUCACCUCAGAUCAAACCGAUCUACAUUGAAGAUGCUUACCUCGGCAUGUGUCUGAAACGCCUGGGCGUAUCUCCUACUGACCCUCCUGAAGAAACAAUGUUUCUUGUCAAGCCCAGCCAUUCUCUGAGCAGCUGCAGUCUUUCAAAGGUGAUCGCUUCGACAACAACAAGCAUCUUGCAGAUGAAUGGCUACUGGGAGAGGAUCAAACGGGGAGUUCAGUGCUGA